GUGCGUAAUUGGAUCGUGUGACACCUGUAAAGUUUGACUGGACAAAAACGAUUGGCUACAGUUGGCUUCCAAAACAGAAGGGUUAAUUUCAUUUGUGAUAAGCCUGUUAGUUACGUGAUUGUAGUUAAAAACUAAGAUGCAACCCAACCAAUCGUGUGAGGUUAUGAAAAAAGAGAGAGUUAAAGUUACCGGGAAAACAGGUACAUGGGUAUAGAAGUCAGUCAGUUGCGCUUUUCUUGAUGAGCAAGUUUAACAGGUUACGCAGAGACAGCAGAGACAGGUGCAUAGUGUGAGGCAGGUGAGUGGAUAUGGUUUUAAAGUGACGGCUCUUUGUACUUCGAGGAUUACGCAGCACAGCGCAAUGAAGCUGAUUAUUUUCCUAUCCAUGGGGUGCGUGGCUGUGACGGUCGUGAUGGUUUCCCAAGCCGUGCGUCAGGAGAUGAUCCGUAAAGACUUUAUAAAUUCGGCAAAAGAGAAAGUUUCCCUGCUCUCCAGAAAAGAAGACGCGGUGUCAUAUAUGAGAAAGGAAAUCCAGGGAAUCAGACCCAAAAUGGUGUCAAUGGCCUCACUGACGGAGGAGCUCAAGAGUAAAAAGGACAACCUGCAAAAAGAAAAAGCCACUAUGGAAGCAAAUAUCGUCACAUGCACCAAGGAAAAGGAUGAAGCUGAGAAAAAAAAGAAUGAAGCCACAGAGAACUUCAAUAAACUAAAAACUGCGCACGAAGAGACCAAAGGGAGUGCCCAGAAGAUCAUCGAGGAGCUGAAACAACAGAUCCUGAACCGAGACAAAGCCAUCUGUGCCUUAGUGGAUACGACUGUGGCAGAGGCUCGGAAGCUGUGUGGAUUGGAGUGACGCUACAUAACAAGUGCCAACAAUUUGGUCAAACCAGUGGAACUACAUUUCACAGAUCAGAUCUCGGACUAAAGGGAAAGGUGCUUUGGAGGUCUAUUUGAAUGGAGAAAUUUAAGCACCCACAAAGAACAUGCCCUGAAUGCAACCCCAGGUUCACCAAAAUGUGUUGGUGUGUAAAUGGCUCUUCUGUGUGUGCCUUCUGUGCCCUCUAGUGGGGGAUGGAGACAGGGUUAAUAAAGCCAGACGCCUGUAAAUAGCAGUAAUCUGACUAGAAGGUUGUAAGCUUUUGUAAAACUGUACAAAGAUGGGAAAAUGUGCAAUUUGUGAAUGAAUAAACAAAUGGGUGUAGGUU